CGGAGGCGGACGGGGCUGCGGCGCGAAGGGCGGCGGGGCGGCCCCGGGCUGCACCCGCGGAGGCACCGUGUCGCGGCCCGCCCGCUUCCUGGUGGCCGCGCUCCGCGUCCCUGGCGGCGUCUGCCAAGACAAAAGGUUUGAAUGAUUCUUUUUGUGUCUGUGAGAGAUGUUAUAUUUUGAGGAAAAAUAUGACUUUCAUACUAGAAAAGAACAAACAAGCAGAAGUUGGAAGACUUUUGUGUUCUGGUGCUGCUUUCUUUUGUGUGAUCCAUAUGAAGGAGUAUAGCGCAAAAGGCCUUUUAAUGCCUCAGAACUGAAAGCGAGCUCCUACGCUGUUGUGGACUGUGAUCAAGCAAGAAAGGAAGUCAGUGUCCGCACCGGAGGAGUGACAGACAAGUUAUCAAGAAAGACUUACACGUUUGAUAUGGUUUUUGGAGCUCAGGCAAAGCAGAUUGAUGUGUACCGGAGUGUUGUCUGUCCCAUUUUGGAUGAAGUUAUCAUGGGCUAUAACUGUACAGUGUUUGCUUAUGGCCAAACUGGUACUGGUAAGACCUUCACAAUGGAAGGGGAGCGGUCACCCAAUGAAGAAUAUACUUGGGAAGAGGAUCCACUAGCAGGUAUCAUACCCCGUACAUUGCAUCAAAUAUUUGAAAAACUCACAGAGAAUGGGACGGAAUUUUCAGUAAAAGUCUCUCUUUUGGAAAUCUAUAAUGAGGAGCUUUUUGAUCUUCUGAAUCCUACUCCUGAUGUUGGAGAAAGACUGCAGAUGUUUGAUGAUCCUCGGAACAAAAGGGGUGUUAUUAUUAAAGGCUUGGAAGAAGUAACUGUACACAACAAAAAUCAAGUUUACCAAAUCCUGGAAAGAGGUGCAGCCAAAAGAACAACUGCAGCUACUUACAUGAACGCAUAUUCCAGCCGUUCCCACUCUGUGUUUUCAAUUACCAUUCAUAUGAAAGAAACAACAGUAGAUGGAGAAGAACUUGUUAAAAUUGGAAAGCUAAACUUGGUUGAUCUUGCAGGAAGUGAAAACAUUGGUCGGUCUGGGGCUGUUGACAAAAGGGCUCGUGAAGCUGGAAAUAUCAACCAAUCUCUGCUGACACUAGGAAGAGUUAUUACUGCUCUAGUGGAAAGAGCCCCUCAUAUUCCCUACAGGGAAUCUAAACUCACAAGAAUCCUUCAAGACUCUCUUGGAGGACGGACAAAAACAUCAAUAAUUGCCACAAUUUCGCCUGCAUCUGUAAAUCUUGAGGAAACAUUGAGUACACUGGAAUAUGCCCACAGAGCAAAGAACAUCAUGAACAAGCCUGAAGUUAAUCAGAAGCUAACAAAAAAAGCUCUUAUUAAGGAAUACACUGAGGAGAUUGAGCGUCUGAAGCGAGACCUUGCUGCUGCUCGAGAGAAAAAUGGAAUCUAUAUUUCUGUUGAAAACUAUGAAGCCCUUAAUGGAAAGCUGACGGUUCAGGAAGAGCAAAUUGCAGAGUAUAUUGACAAAAUCAGUAUCAUGGAGGAAGAAGUGAAAAGGGUUACUGAAUUAUUCAAAGUCAGUAAAAAUGAACUUGAGCAGUAUAAAACAGACUUGCAAGUUAAGGAAAAAGAACUGGAAGAAACACAAAAAGAUCUGCAAGAAACCAAGGUUCAACUGGCUGAAGAAGAAUAUGUGGUUUCAGUUUUGGAAAAUACUGAACAAAAACUUCAUGGCACAGCUAGCAAGUUACUAAGUACAGUUGAAGAAACUACAAGAGAUGUGUCUGGGCUCCAUGCAAAACUGGACCGUAAGAAGGCUGUUGAUCAGCACAAUGCUGUCGUCCAAAAUACAUUUGCAGGGCAAAUGAAUGCUUUGUUCAGCAAAAUACAAGAUUCAGUUACUGAAAACAGUUUGAAGCAGCAACAGAUGUUGACAUCUUACACAAAUUUUAUAGGUGACCUCCUGUCUACCAGUUCUUCUACAGCAGAUAUUCUUGCAUCAGUUGUAUCAGCAUCUUUUGCCUCUCUUAAAGAAUUGAUGUCUACUAAAGUUUCUCACAUGUCUGAAAAAAUAACACAACAUGAGAAUCUAUCACUUGAUUGUAAAGCGGAGCUGCUGAGAUUAAUUGAGGAACAUGAAACUGGAUUAGGAAGAGCAGUAAAUAGCUUGACACCAAUGGUAGAAUUUGUCUUGGGGUUAAACUGUCAGUUCCAGAGUAACAUGAAGAAAUAUUCUGCUGUGGCUGACCAGAUGGAGGACCAUAAAAAGGAAAUUGAUACCUUCUUUGGAGAUCUUUUUCUCACUCUGAAAAAAAUACAGGAAGAAACAGCCAGUGGCUUUGCUCAGCUCCAGCAAAAUUGUGACAGUUUGAAAGAAGAAAUGGAAGUGACGAGGUUGGCACAUAAAAAGAAUGCAGCCAAAUUGAUGUCUUUACUGCAAAGCCAGCUUGACCUGUUUGCACAGGAGACUCAGAACAACUUAGCUGAUGUACUCGCAAAAAAUGGAAGCCUGAAGACCACCAUCACUGCUAUGCAAGAAAAUGUUCACCUGAAAACUACAGACCUAGUCAGCAGUACAAAUUCCAAUCACAGCAAAUUUACUGCAUCUCUGGAUAAUUUCUCUCAAGAGCUCAGGAGCAUAAAUGCUGAAAACAAGACAAUGCUGGAAGAAUCCAAUGACCACUGUCAACAUCUUCUCAGCAAUCUCAAAAAUGUGUCUCAGGAUACCAAUACAUGGGGUGAAUUUACAACUGUUCAGAUGGUCAACUUUACUAAUCAGCAGCUAUUGUCAUUCAAGGAUGAGAAACAGCAAUUUCAGUAUUUACAAAAGAAAAAUGAGGAAGACUGUGAUAAAGCAGUAGCUGAAAUCACUGACCGCAUUGGCAGACACAAGGCUGCUGAGGGGAAGGUGCUGAAUAGCCUUCUGCAUCAGAUAAAGAUGGAUCAGGAGAUACUUGUGGAGGACAAGCUGGCACUUCAGGAGGAAGUACAGCAUGGUCUCACUCAGGUUAAUGGUUUCCUGCAAGAGGAUCUCAAAGUGGAUGUUCCAACAGGGACAACUCCACAGAGAAAAGACUACUUCUAUCCAGUCACACUUGUGAGAACAGAGCCUCGGGAACUACUUCUGGAGCAAUUAAGGCGAAAGCAACCAAAUCUUGAUGCUAUGCUAAGAAGUGUGGUAAAGGAGGUAGAGGAUAAUGCAGGUCAGGACCUGUUGGAAGAGGAAGGAGAGUUGCAAGAACCCAAUGAAAGCUUUGCUAGUGACAAAUACUUAAUGGAUACAAAUGUAUAUUGCCACAAAAAUGGUGGCAUUCCUUUUUUCCAGCACAAAAGAAGUCUCAAAAAGGGUAAAGAGAACAAAUCUGCAGCUCCAGUGGAUAACAAAAUGGAGGAUACAACAGAAGAGUUUCUUCAGAAAUCUAAGCAUCCUUUAAGAUUGCUGAACUAAGAUAUAUCCUCUGCAGAUCCCUCUUUUUUAAAUACUUUUUUCUUACUGAGCCAUAACUUUCUGUGGUUGUUCUCAGUGUCUUGAUAUAGUGAUGCAAAGUUGAAUCAAAAGAUUUCCCUGCUCAAUCUCGUGCCUUGGUCCCAUUUUUAUAUGUUGCAGCUUGUGAAGUUUUAAGAAAAAAAAAAAAAACCCUGCAGAUUACGGUGCUGUUAUGUUGAAUAUGUAUGUAUGAUGUCAAGUAAGAAAUUUUCAGUUUCUCAGUAGAUCUUAAAUACCAGAAAGGGAUGUGGAAAUAUGCUUUGUCAGCAUUAUGAGUUACCAUUUUAUGUAUUAAUUAGCUGUAAAUAAGUGUUCUGGUUUUAUACCUGCUUUUUAUUCCAGUUCCUCUUUUUUUACUGUGAUACUUCAAAUAAAUUAAUACAUGGAAAACAAGCGUACAAGCACCUCACUCAGAGUAAUAGGCAAUAAAUUUACAGAGCUUUCUUAUGGUGUCUAGGUUCUAGGUUUAAGAUAGCUAAAACAUUAUCAACUUUGUCAUUAGUCUUGUGCUGUCAGAAGAGGAUGGUUCUCUCCCUUGUUUCACAAAAGACAGUAGCUUUAUUUCAGUACCUCUUCAUUCUGUGAAAUCUUACUGCUGGAUCUUGGGCUUUUUGUUUGUUUAAACCCUGCUGUUCUUCCUUUUAACUUGCAGAUGUGAAGUGAUGGUUGGGAUACAAUGUAUGUCAGGUUCUGUAUCAUAAACCAGCAGCAUUUCUUUAAGAUCUAGGGUUCUUAACAUUAAAACAUGCAAACUUGAUUACAAAUGCAGCUUCUGUGUCGUAUAAUGACAGUGAAUUUCCAGUAAUUUACAGGAGCAUUUGACCAGCUGUUCUUUUAAUGCUCUUCCCCUUGAAAUUUGAAGAAAACUUCAAGCUGCAACAAGCCAACACUGGAAGCUGUAAGACUCUUUCUUCACUGUGGAGUAUUGUCAAAUUCUGGCACCUAGAAUUCAAUGGGCUUAAUUCUCCAGGCUCUAGGAUCUAUUUCCUUGCACCACAUGCCUGAUAACACUGACUAGAUAUUAGCAUAAUCUUCCACAAUGGCUCAAGAAAUCCUUUAUUAACUAAAAAGCAACCUCCAGGGUUGAUUCCACAGCUGUAUUGAAUAGCCUAAAGAAAGUGGGAGAGGCUUGUACAAGCCUUUCACCCUACUACAUUUUCCCUGUGGACUUCACAGAAUUAGUAUGAACGAACAAACAAACUGGAUGAGCCAGUAACUGAGCAGGCUUGCAUCCACAAAAUCAUGCCCUAUUUUGUGUUCCCUAUCUUUAUCCUCUUUGAAACUCUACCUUGACUGUUUGGUUCCUGUAGUGUGGCCACAGCCUGCUCUCCUUAACAGCUGUACGAAUUCCAGAGGCUGCUUCACACUUUCUCUUUUUCUAAAGUAGCCCUCAGUCAUGUUGUCUUGUAUUUGCAAUACUGGCAGUGAUCUGCUGAUCAUUGUUCCGUUGGCCCAGGUAGCCAGAGGCCACACCAAAGCUGAAUAGGAUGGAGAAUCUGGAUGCAGAACAUGUUCUGGCGUCCCUGUCUGUGCCUCCUCUCCCACUAGAUGGCCCUAACACUAAAGGUUGGUCUGAGCUCAGGUACUGGCUGCUAACCAGGACUUGGAAAUACAGGUUUUGCUAAGCUUUUCCUCAAGCAUCUGUCAAAAAAGUUUCAAAAUCUACUAUUGAAUUUAUGCUUCCAUAUGGAGAAUUCUAUAUUCAAGCUUCAGUAAGGGGUUGCUUUAUGAAGAGCCACAUUUGUGUAAAAGAUGAUCUAGUGCAUGUCUUAGGCUUUACUGCAGUUCUAAAUUAUCUGAUGAGUACUGUUUGGAUUCUAGAUUCAUGGUUAAGUGAGACAGCUCUUGGUUUAACAACAAACUUAGAACAAUGAAUACAAUCUGGGGAAAUGAAAUAAGGAAAAAUAAUUUUAAUGCAUAUAAAGGGUGAGAUGCAGACAGCAGUAAGAGGGCCACAAGAGGCACAGACAAUUAAGAGUCACCAGCUUCCUUUUCAAGUGAAAAAUGAGCAGCCAGGAGGAAUGCAAGGAAAGAAAACUUCCUGCUUCCUCCUGGAAAUCAGGGAGCUGCAGCACUUGCUGCAUCAGAGUUGUUGGGAGAUGCAGUGUUUAUUUGAAGAGGGAAAAGAAGACUGAGCUGACUGGCUCCUAUUGAUGACUGCCUUUAUUUUGGGUAUCCAGCAAUUACAUGGGGCUGGAGAAGAGUGAGGAGAAGGCACAGAGUUGCUAGACUGCUUUUCUUUUUUCUGUUAGGUGUCAGUCAGCGUUGCAAUUAGCUGUUAAAAGGCUAGAGGAAGCAAGAGAAAGCCUUUAACUCCUUGGAGUGAUAAAAGAAAAAAUUAAACCAGGAAGAACUGGAAAAAAUAAAGUUAACAUUCCUUUUUCAUCAAAAAGAGAUGUAAGGGGAAAAAAAAAAUUGUAAUGUUUGAGAGCAUUAAAAAGAGGAAAGGAAGUAUAUUCCCUAACUAUGUAUUUUAAAAUUUAUGCAUGUUAAACAAGUGUUUACAACCAUUUGACGACUAUUUCUUUUCUUUCCCUGUUACAAACUACUUUUGUAUGGUAGAGGGCAGUGCUCUAUAAACUGCACGCCCACCCAUGCCGUUGCUUUAUGAAGUUAAACAAUAAUUCAUGCUAUGCUUUGCAUUCAUAGGCUUUAAGUGACAGGGUUCUGUAGGUGAGAUGCAGACCACCUAGCAAAGCAGGCUGUCCUUGGGGGGUGAGCACAAGCUCAGUCCAAGCAGCUUUGCUGUGCUCAGUCUUGAAAUCAUUAAAAGCACAGUGAAGUGAAUGUUUACAAUUCUAUGUUCCUGUGUUAUAUUUCAAUACUUCUAAUACACUCUGUGGCUCCCUACGAAAGGGUCUAGCUACCAAUAGGAGGGCAUGGUUAGAGAGCCACACAAGUGCUCUUCAGACAGAUAAAAAGGAGCAAAUACCUGGUCUGGUAGUCCCUCAUCAGGGAAGAGGUUAGAAACAAGCCGCCUCUUUUAUAUUAGGUCUGAAAAUUGUUCCAUUUUUCCAGUUUUCUCCAACUUUAUGUGAUGAUUGUCAAUUUCCAGGUGGCACAAAGUUAAAUUUUGUAAAAUAAUGGAAGUUAACUGGAUUGCUUUCUUUUCCUCCAAAAUAUUAAACCUAUAUAAAUAUUCCCUUGAAUUCCUUAGUUAUACUUGAAAUGCUUUUGCCACUCUUGGUCUGUUUAUAACCUAAUCAUUGUACUUCAGAGAAUGAGGCACAAUGACCAAAAUUUUGAACUUGGUAAGUGCAUUUCCUUUAUUAAAUAUGAUCAAAUAAAGGAAUAA